GCGGGGCGGGGCGGGGCGGAGCGGCCUGGGACAGCGGUGGGACGUGGAGAGAGCAUGUCCGCUCUGACCCGGCUGGCGCCUUUCGCGCGCGUGGGAGGCCGCCUCUUCCGAGGUCGCAGUGGCGGAGGUGGCGGAGUCCGUUAUGCUGGUGGCAGUGCGCGUGCCUGGCCCCGAUACAGAGAGUGUUCCCAGCCCACCAGGUCUGAGGUGAUCCAAGCCGAGGUCCUAAGCUCAGCCAUGUGGUUCUGGAUCCUGUGGCGCUUCUGGCAUGACUCAGAUGCCGUGUUGGGUCACUUUCCAUAUCCGGACCCUUCCCAGUGGACGGACGAAGAACUGGGCAUCCUUCCUGACGAUGAGGACUGAGUGUGUGCCGGCUCUGCCCAGGGAGGCAGGCGCCAGGUGAGAAUGUCAAGAAAUUAUGGACUGCCUGUUGUACAUGAAAAUUGUAAAUUAAAGCAGUUUGGCUAAGAAUGAGCUGAGUCACGUU